AUGCAGCAACACAGAUCCGCCCUCUCGCCCCUUCCCGAUAUAGUGCGCGGCCCAUCCGCACCGCCGCGACUACCACCUCGCCCUUCUCCACCACCGCCUGCUCCAGACUUCCUCGUCAUCGGCUUGUUCGCCCUGCGACUCACCAAGCGGUUGAUUGAAAGCCUCGAGUACUAUCCCGGUCGAGAUGCCGACAUCAUCUGGCUCGUUAACUUCCUCUCGCCCUUCCACAACGAAUACGAACUAGCCAAGAUCUCAGGUGCUCGGAGAGAUGACUACCUCGCGACAUAUCAGAGCAUUGUCUCACGGAUGAAGAAGCAGCCAAAAUAUCCUGUGCGGUUCAUGCAGAUGAAUCCGGACCAAUCGGCGCAGCCAACAAGGCGAGGAAGCGAGAUGGAGCGACCGAGGGACAUGACCGAUGCGGAGAGACUGGAGAUCAUCAACUUCUGCGACGCAGCGGGCGAGUGGGGAUCUAUUCUCCCGAUACCAGCGCGCAGCGGCCGCGCUAUGAGGAAAGAGAGGAGUUACGAGAUCACAGGCAGUCGCGAUCUGAAGAAAGAGAGGAGUUGCUAG